CCCUCUUCCUCGACAUGUCCGAAAACCAACCUCCAGCAGCCGCCGCUGGUGCUACUGGCGAUAUCCCAGGGCAACCCUACUACGACAAAACGCGCCAACACCUCCGAGAACUGCUCCACAAGCGCAAGAUGCUGGAACGGAGUCUCGCGAUGCAGGAGGAAACUAUCUACAAGAAGGAAACGGAUUACCUCGAGGACACGCCUGGUGGGAAUAUCAUUACGGGGUUUGAGAGCUAUACGAAGGGGAUUACCAAUGUAGCGGGAGGUAGGAGGAGAGGGGGCGUGCAGGAGAUUAAUCGGGUUUUUUCGAGGAGUAGUGUUACUUGGAAUGUUAACGCUGAAUCCCCAAUGGAUACAGCGCAAUCAACGCCCGUGGCUGCUAUGGCGCCUACACCCCUCACGACGAGCUUUCAGAAGGAGAGCGGCGGAGGAUCGAAUCAUGCUACGCCGACCAGUGCUACGAGUGCGAACAAGUCUGGUGGGGCGGGGAAGAAGAAUAAGAAGGGGGUGAAUGGGGAUGAUAGUGAGACGGAGAGGGAGGGGAAUAAGAAGAUCAGGACGAACUUUGGGGCUGUUAGGAAGUGA